CGAAGGAGGCAUAUACACUGGCACCACUCCCCCCCUUAAUUUCAGACAACACACACAGACGUAUAGUAGUUAUCCGUUCGACACCUGCAACGAUGACGAAGACGAAGAAGUCCAACAACGACAGUACGAUCCUGGUGAUCGGCGGCACGGGGAUCAUCGGGCGGCACAUCGUCGCGGCGAGCCUCGACGCCGGCCACCCGACGCUCGUGCUCGUCCGCCCGACGGCCGCAUCCGCCGCCGUCGACGUCGACUCCGACAAGGCGAAGCUCCUGGCCUCCCUCGUCGCCAGCGGAGCCACCAUCGUCUACGGCGACAUGAACGACCGCGAGAGCUUGGUGGCGGCGAUCAGGCAGGCGGACGUGGUGAUCUCCGCCGUCGGCCACCGUGGGACGGUGGAGCUGGACGGCCAGCUUAAGGUCGUCGAGGCGAUCAAGGAGGCCGGAAAUGUCAAGCGAUUCGUGCCGUCGGAGUACGGAUGCGACGUGGAGCAGGCGGAGGAGGGGACGCUGGAGCCGGCGAGGAGCAUCAUCGCCGCCAAGGUCCGCGUCCGCGAGGCCGUCAGAGCCGCCGGGAUCCCCUACACCUUCGUCUGCAGCUACUGGGCCCACGGCUUCAUGCUCCCCCGCCUCGGCGACCCCCUCGUCGACCGCCCUCCGGCCACCGUCGCCACCGUCUACGGCGACGACACCCAGCGAGCCAUCUUCGUGGACGAGAAGGACAUGAGCGCGGUGGCGAUAAAGGCGAUGGAGGACGAGAGGGCGGCGAACAAGAUCCUGUACGUGCGGCCGCCGGCGAACAAGCUGUCGCUGGGCCAGCUCGUCCGUCUCUGGGAGAAGAAGUCCGGCAACACCCUCCAGAAACGCUACGUCUCCGACCUGCAGCUUGCCAACCAAGUCCAAGAGGCACCGUUCCCGGUGAACUUUCAGCUGGCGAUGGUGCACUCGACGCUGGUGGCCGGGGUGUGCGAGCAGACGAUCAACCCGGACGUCGGAGCGGAGGCGACGGAGCUGUACCCGGAGAUGGACUUCCUCACCGUCGACAGCUACCUCGACGCCCUCCUCUUGCAUGCAUGAAGAACUACGUAGUACAGUACGUACCAUGCAUGUGCAGGGUGUUGGUGUUUUUAGUUGCGCUAUAUGUGCCAUCGCCAUCAUCACCAGCUAAUAUAUGUAUAAUACACGUACCAGCAUGCAGGGUUUACUCGUACGUACCAUAGCAAUGUUGUAUGUACUACGUACGCAUAAUGCGCAUGGGUGGCACGUCGCAUCAGCCUUAAUUAAAUGGAUUUGGUAAAUCACAAUCGAAAAAAUUGCGACCGAAGUCUUAUAAUAAAUUAAUUUCUGGCCUUAA